AUGUUCUCAAAUAUUGAGAUCGCUGUCAGUUAUGGCGAUUCAACAAGAAAAUAUGUUGAACUAAAAAUUAAUGAUAAAAAACCGAUAAUUGAAGAAAAAAUCAAACAAAUAUUUUUACCUCGUACUCCGAUUGAUUUUGCUACAGUCAAGGCACAAUAUUAUGACAGAGAACACAACAAGUGGAGUGAUUUGGACGAGAAGUACAAUGAACUAUUAAAAGAGCUAAGUUUGGUAACGAAUCCGGAUAAAAGUGAAAAAGUCUGGGAACUAAGACUAAUCGACAAAGACUGUGAAAGCACAUCAGCAUUGUUGGACGAUAUAGAUGGUAUGUUUAUUUUCAAUUAA